AUGGCCUCAGACAGCAAAUCAGUUGCCGUUACGGGCAUGUCUUGUCGCUUUCCUGGAGACGCCGACAGCAUUGAGUCGUUUUGGGAGUUCAUUUGCGCUGGACGAUGUAUGUAUACAAUGAUUGAGAAGGAUUUGGGCGCUGACUAUGUUGAUAGCCGCCUACUCUGAAACAACAGAUCGCUGGUCGGUGGAUGCUUUCCAUCACCCCACGAAGAAACCAAACACUAGCAUCACGCGUGGUGCUCAUUAUCUCAAGCAGGAUAUCGCAACAUGGGAUGCCAACUUCUUCGGCAUCUCCAAGGCCGAAGCGGAGUCCGUCGAUCCGCAGCAGAGAAUUAUGAUCGAAGUCGCCUAUGAAGCUAUGGAGAACGCUGGUCUUCCUAUGCACAAGAUGGCAGGCACACGUACGGGUGUCUACAUUGGCUCUUUCACCAGCGACUAUCGAGAACUUGUGCAUCGCGAUCCAGAAGCAGCUCCUCCGUAUACUUUGACUGGAACCAGCAACACAUCGACAUCGAAUCGGAUAUCUUGGUUUUUCGAUCUGAAAGGGCCGAGUUUCACGAUGAAUACCGCCUGCUCUUCGAGUCUGGUCGCAUUGCACCUUGCGUGUCAGAGUUUGCGGACGGGAGAGACGGACUACGCCAUUGUUGGCGGAGCUAGUCUUCUGCUCAAUCCGGAUAUUUUCAUGUUUCUGAGCAAUCAGGGGUUUCUAGCAGCAGACGGAAAGUGCAAAAGCUUUGAUGCUUCUGGUGAUGGAUAUGGGCGGGGCGAUGUAUGUGGAGCAAUCCUCAUAUUUGAUUGACAAACGCUGACGUCCACCAGGGUUUUGCGGCUGUGAUCCUCCAACGCGCAGACGAUGCCAUUCGAGACGGCGAUCCCUUACGAGCAGUCGUUCGAAUGACGGGCUCUAAUCAGGACGGCAGGACCAAGGGCUUCACUUUGCCCAGUGCGGACGCGCAGGCCAAUCUUACUAGGGAGACUUACAGAAACGCUGGCCUUGCAUUCGAGGACACAACGUACAUAGAAGCCCAUGGAACGGGCACUAAAGCCGGCGAUAGCGGUGAGACAAAGGGGCUUGCGGAGACUAUUGCAGCAGCUCACUCGCCGGUGCAACCACUACUGAUCGGAUCAGUGAAGUCCAACAUCGGUCAUCUCGAGGGUUGUGCCGGUCUGGCUGGGUUCAUCAAGGCUAUUCUGAUCGUGGAGAAUGCGUUGAUCCCACCGACAAUCCAUCUGAAGGAGUUGAAUCCAACGAUACCUUGGGAUGAGUAUAAUAUUGACGUUCCGACGCAAUUAACGCCUUGGCCCGUCGAGGGAGUCAGACGAGUCUCUACGCAGGGGUUCGGGUAUGGAGGUAAGUAGAAUUUGACUUUUCGAUACUGAAGAUGCAACUGACUUCAAGUUCUUUCACGCAGGAACAAAUGCCCACGCCAUUAUCGAUGAUGCUCAAUCCUACCUCGAACAUCGAGCCUUGGACGGCCAUCACUACACGAAGCCUAUUGCAACAUUAGGCUUGCUUCUCAACGGCCAUCCGAGGCCAGAUCCGAGACCCCGACUUUUCAUGCUCAGUGCGCAAGACAAGGACGGCAUCCCCAGGGUGAAGAGGACCCUUGCAGAACACAUCCGGCGGAAGUCGGACGAUCCGGAUGAGCAAUCGUAUUUGCAGCGCUUGGCGUUCACACUCAAUGAGAAGCGAUCAAAGCUACAGUGGUCGACAUACGCCGUGGCUUCUAGUCUCGAAGAGCUCUCCGAGUCGCUCACGAAUCCGGACGCUACUGCUCUUCAGACUCGAGCGAUGACCCACGAGCCGCGAAUAGGAUUCGUCUUCACUGGCCAAGGUAUGCAAACAUACAGUCUUGUUCGAUGCUGAGUGCUGACGAGGCGAACGACAGGUGCGCAAUGGCCGAGAAUGGGACAGGAUCUCAUGGCGUACCAUGCCUUCCGAAGCAGUGUUGGAGCAGCAGAUCGCUAUCUCCGGAGUCUUGGAUGUACGUGGUCAGCUUUGGAAGAACUUGCCAACUCGGAAGCGCUUUCGAAUAUUCACGGGGCCGAAUACUCCCAGACACUCUGUACUGUGCUGCAGGUUGCACUCGUUGAUCUGGCCAAAUCUUGGAACAUUCUCCCUCAAGCUGUAGGCGGCCACAGCUCUGGCGAGAUCGCGGCUGCAUACUGCUUGGGUGCAUUAUCUGCGGAAUCUGCUUGGAAGAUUGCGUACUACCGUGGAGUCCUCUCGGCCCAGCUGAAAGAUCUUGCGCCGGAGCUGCAGGGCGCUAUGCUAGCAGUCGGCUCCUCUCAGGUUCAGGCGGAGGAGUACAUUUCGGCCGUCUCCAAGGGAGAAGUAAACGUUGCUUGCAUCAACUCGCCUUCCAGCGUCACUGUUUCUGGCGAUGCAGCCGGGAUCGAUCAACUGGAACAGAUCCUCAAGGAGAAAGGCGUCUUUGCGAGGAAACUCAAGACCGAUGGCUGUGCCUAUCAUAGUGAGCAUAUGCAGGCUAUUGCUCGUCUUUACCUGGAACUGAUCGCAGAUGUGGAGAUCUUACCCGACAAUGGGAGCGGGUGCAAGAUGCACUCUUCAGUUGUGGGUGGCGUGGUGGACAAUGAGGACCUUGGUCCGGUUUCAUGGAUACGGAAUCUAACCGCUCCCGUCCUGUUUGCCGACGCGGUCAAAGAUAUGGUCCGUCCUGGAAAGGCAACAGAGAAUUCGCUGGAUGUUAUUAUCGAAGUUGGCCCGCACUCAGCGCUGCAGGGCGCUGUCACACAGACCUUGAAGCACCAUACGAUCACUGGGGUCCUGUACUUCCCUCUGCUCUCCAGGGGCCAGAAUGAUGCGGAGAGCAUGCUGGCCUGCGCUGGUGCUCUCCAUGCUCUUGGCUCGCCAGUCAAUCUGUGCCAGGCGAAUGACGAGACAGACGCUGCUUUCAGGCCUGUCGUUGACCUCCCUUCGUACCCUUGGAACCGCUCGUUGAGAUUUUGGAGUGAGACUCGCAUGGGCAAGCAGUACCGAACAAGAAACCGCCCACCCUCUCCCCUGAUCGGCGCCCCAUAUCCGACGCUUGGUGAAGGUGAGCACAUCUGGAGAGGAUUCUUCAACUCUGCUGAGGAGCCUUGGAUCAAGGAUCACGGCAUUCAGGGCCAGGUACUCUAUCCAGCGGCGGGCUUCCUUGCUAUGGCCAUCGAGGCUGUGUUGCAAAUCUCAGACCACGGGAAGGCUGUCUUCGGAGUCAAGAUCCGCGAGGUGCAAGUCAUUUCUGCUUUGAUAGUACCCGAUGAAGGCACUGCGGAGAUGAUUGUUCAAUUGCGGCCGCAUCACGUGGGAACGAGGGCUUCUUCCUUUGAUUGGUACGAGUUCACUGUGAGCUCCUCUACAGAUGAUCAGGACCUUCGUCAGAAUUCUGUCGGGUUGAUUGCCGUUGAAUACGAACCAGUCGCAGGAUCCCUAGCAGCCAAGGAGCUGGACUCUGAAGCUGCGCAGGCUGUUCGGUCCUAUUCUGACGCCACGGCUUCUUGCACGACAGAGUCCGAUCCGUCUGACUUCUACAACAAGAUUUCAGCCCUUGGCUUGCAAUAUGGACCUGACUUCGCCAAGCUCACAAAAGUGCAAUGUGGACCACAGAUCAGCUCCUGCCAGCUUACAGUGACGGAAACGCCCCACGAAUUCAGCAAAGCCGAGAGGCCAUGGCUGGUCCACCCUGCAACACUGGACGCCGCUUUCCAUCUCUCCUUCGCGGCUAUGCUGGAUGAUGAUAAGGCGUUGAGAGGUGCCAUGGUACCGACUCGCAUCGACGAGGUUUCCAUUGCAACGAGCUUACCCUACCAAGCCGGAGCGCCAUUGAAAGGUCACGCCUCCGUACGGUCUCAUGGCAUGAGGGAGAUGAUUGCGGACAUCUCCAUGCUGAAUGAAACUGCAACCGAGCCCGUCAUUCGAGUCGCGGGGCUUCAUCUUGCAGACGUUUCUGGCGGGAGCGCUUCAGCAGAGGACGAAGACUCGUCCAAGAAGCUUUGUUUCGAAUCUAUUUGGCGGCCUGUACCGGACCUCUUGUCGACAGACGGUUUACAGCGCAUCAUGACAGGUCCGCAGAGACUGGAAAGUGCUCUUCAGAGUUCUGAGACAAGUUCAGAUGAGGAGAAGCCCUUUCAUAUGGUUUACGAAAGCAUGACAGGGGCGCAAAAUUUAGCGGAAAGGAUUUGCGAGGUGAGUGGAUAACUAAGAUUGCUGUUGAAUGCUCAGCUGACAUAUGUGCACUGCAGUACGUCCAAAUGCAAGACCACGGAGCUCGCAGCCCAGACGACCUUUCGAUACUGGAGAUUGAGACAGCGAGUCAGGACGUGCCCCCUGUCGCUCUCCUGCCACUUUCGAGUACUUUCGCAGAGCUCUCAGAUGCAUUCGAUUAUACACUCGUCACUGCGGCGCAAGAUCGACUGGAUAUCCUGGACCAGCGCUUCGAAGGCUGCUCUCUCGCUACGAGUGGUAGAGUUGUCGAUAUGUGCACACAAGAUGCGCACGAGGCCUUUGGCGAGCAGAAGUUCGACUUGAUUGUUAUUGUGGACAUCGGCUUGGGCGAUCUUGAUCCGACUACGGCGAUUGUGAACGCAAAGCAUCUGCUGAACUCAAAAGGCAGAAUCUGUGUUGUUGAGACGAGCAGACCUGGAACACAGCUCGGCUUGGCCAUGUCCGCACACCAUACGAAGCAAGAGCGGUAUGUAUCGCUUUGAUUACAGUCGCCUCUAAUGCAGAACUAACACUAACACUGUGACAGUAGAAAUUGGCGCUCCGCUUUGGCGGCGUCGCGUCUGGAAACCGAAGUCCACGUGCACGAUGUCGAAGACAAUGCCUCACAGCAAUUUUGUAUGACGCUUCUCAAACAAGUGCCAGCAGCAGAGGCUUUGGAGUCCAAUCUGCCUCAGACGAUCGUGCUUAUCGAGCCUCUGGAGACAUCCGGACAUGCUGCUGCCAUUGUCAAUUACUUGGUCGAUCUGCUUUCCCGGCACUCUGUUGGCGUCGAAAGAGUUGAAUGGUCCUGCGCCGCGCCUGAACGCAUCGAAGGCAGAAGCUGUAUCUCGCUUCUUGAGGUGGGACAGCCUUUCCUGGCGAAUCUCAAUGAAGACGACUUCGAAGCCUUUCAACAGCUGCUACUUAAAUGUGGCGAGAUGCUCUGGGUGAACAAAAUCGAUGACCCGGCAAGCUCACUUGUCGAAGGCCUUUUCAGGAGUGUGAGGAACGAGAUUGCUGGUGCAAAACUUAGGUCCCUACAGCUGGAAGCGAGGUCCACGUCUUUGACUGCCGCUGAAAUGAUCUGCAAAGUUCUGGGCUACGGUGGCUCCGACGAUGAGUUCCGCGUGAUCGACGGCUCCAUCUGCUCUUCCAGAAUUCAGGAAGCUCCGCUCGAGGACAAGGCUAUUAGGAACCUACUGCCUGAUACCAAGCAAGAGCCGGUCCUGGUCAAGAGGAGUGAUGUACCUGCGCAACUGAAGCUGGCGGUGAGAACUCCAGGCGUCCUUGACUCCAUUUGCUUCGAGGUGGACGCGAUACCGGAUGAGCCUAUGGAGCCUGGUCAAGUCGAGAUCGCCGUCCAAGCAAGCGGCAUGAACUUUCGCGAGGUCAUGGUAGCACUCGGCCAGAUUCCGGACGACAAGCUUGGAUUUGACUGUGCUGGAUAUAUCCAUCGAGUAGCGGAAGAUGUCCUCAAAGUCAAAGUGGGCGAUCGAGUUGCUGCGAUGAGCCACGGCGCCCACCGGACGAUACACCGAGUGCAGGCUGGUCUCUGCGAGGUUAUCCCUGAUAGCAUGUCUUUCGAAGAGGCAUCGACUGUCCCUGUGGUUGCCGGCACUGCUUGGUACGGCUUGGUGAAGCUUGCACAGGUUCAACCUGGACAGUCUGUCCUGAUACAUGCUGCCGCUGGUGGCGUGGGUCAGAGCGCGAUUAUGCUGGCCAAGUACCUGAAACAGGAGAUCUUCGCGACUGUCAGCUCAGAGGAGAAGCGUGCUCUGCUUAGGUCGAGGUACGAUAUUGCCGACGACCACAUCUUUAAUUCUCGGGAUUUGAGCUUCGUCAAAGGCAUCAAACGGAUGACGAAUGGUCGCGGAGUCGAUACUAUCCUCAACUCUUUGAGCGGCGAAGCGUUACGGCAGAGCUUCUGGUGUCUGGCCCCUUUUGGUACUUUCUUGGAGAUUGGCAUCAAAGACAUUCUUAACAACUCUUCUCUGGAGAUGGCGCCCUUUCGACAGGACAUUACUUUCUCGUUCUUCGAUCUGAACCACAUCGCCACGCGGAAGCCGGAGCUCAUGAGCGAGAUUCUUGAGAAUGUGUUUGACCUGAUACGUCGCGGGAUUACCCAACCGGUCUCACCAUUGACGGUGUAUCCGGCCUCUGAGGUCGAGACUGCUUUCCGACAGAUGCAGACGGGCAAGCACAUUGGCAAGAUCGCCAUCACGUAUUCGGAUGAUGAUGUUCUACCCGUGGUCGCUGGCGCCAUUCAACAGAGAACUCUGGAUCCCGAGACCGCGUACCUCAUGGUCGGGGGUCUUGGCGGCGCGGGAAGGAGUCUGGCUACGCUUCUGGUACGCCUUGGCGCGAGGAAGCUCUGCAUUCUGUCUCGACAUGGAUCCAAGUCAGCACAUGCCCCGGGCCACAUCCAGAAGCUGGCUGAGCUCGGAGUCCGUGCAGUCAUCUACGAGUGCGAUGUUGGAGACGAGGCAUCUCUACGCGAGACUGUCGAGCGAUGCGCCGUCGAGCUGGGCCCAGUCAGGGGAGUGGUUCAAGGUGCCAUGUCCCUUCAGGACAGUCUCUUCGAGAAGAUGACCUACGAGCAAUGGACCAACUCACUACGACCCAAAGUCAGCGGCACCCGCAAUCUGCACAAAGUUCUCCCCCAAGAUAUGGACUUCUUUGUCAUUCUUAGCAGCUUCGCCGGAAUCUUCGGGAACAGAGGCCAAUCCAAUUAUGCCGCAGCGGGAGCUUUCCAGGACGCCGUGGUUGCCCUGCGUCCCGAAGCUGUGGCUAUUGACUUGGGGAUUCUGCGCGAUGUCGGUGUCCUUGCGGAAGGCGGCAUAACAGACAAUCUCCGCGCCUGGGAAGAGCCCUUUGGCAUUCGUGAGAAAGAGUUGCACGCUCUCGUCGAAAGAGCCAUAACAGCGGGUGAACGAAUUCCCAAGCAGCUCAUGACCGGGUUCGCGACGACGGCCACGGCGCAGGCUGCCGGAAUCGACACUCCUUUCUACCUCGAGAGUGAUGCACGCUUCCGCAAGCUUGCUCGCUCUUCUGGACCAUCUGCCGACACUCAGACUGCCCUCUCCACAGCGAUCAGCACAGUAGCAAGGCUCUCCGCGGCACCGUCUCUAUCUGGCGCCUCUGAAAUCAUCUGUGAAGCAAUCGCAUCCCGCAUCGCCAAGAUCUUGCAGACCCCUGUUUCCGAGAUCGACACUUCUCGUCCUCUGCAUGCUUAUGGGAUCGAUUCUCUGGUCGCUGUUGAGCUUGGGCAUUGGAUUCAUAAGGAGCUGCAGUCGAGCGCCACGGUCUUUGAUUUGAUGAGUAGCUCUCCUAUUUCUGCGCUGGCGAAGAAGAUUGCGGCCAAGUCAACGGCUGUGCCGAAAGAUCUCUGUUAG